AUGAAGUACAGUGAUGCAUCAUGGGAGCAACUUAACCAAAGCUACCCAGGAGAAUUCAUUUUGUUGGGAAUGGCUGACCGCCCCCGCUUGGAGAUGUUCCUCUUUGCAAUCAUCCUGAUCUGCUACAUGAUGACCCUCCUAGGCAACACAACCAUCAUUGUGGCGUCCCGGCUAGAUCCCAAUCUUCACACCCCGAUGUAUUUUUUCCUCAGCAACCUCUCUUUCCUUGAUCUAGGUUUCACCACCAGUCUGGGCCCCCAGAUGUUGGUGAAUUUCUGGAGAACAAGGAAGACCAUCACCUACAUGGCCUGUGUGGUCCAGCUAUACAUCUCUCUUGCUCUCGGCUCUGCAGAAUGUAUUCUGUUGGCAGUCAUGGCUUAUGACCGCUACGCUGCAGUCUGCCAGCCUCUGCGCUACACUACCAUCAUGAGCCAUUCCGUAUGCCUCACAAUGGCUGCCGUCUCCUGGGUGAGUGGCUUCUGUACAUCACUGUUGCAAAGCACCCUGACUCUGAGGCUUCCAUUCUGUGGACACAACAAGGUGGACCAUUUCUUCUGUGAAGUGCCGGCUUUGCUGAAAUUGGCUUGUGUGGACACCUCAGUCAAUGAAGCCGUGCUGUUUGUUUCCAGUGUGAUCUUCCUUCUGGUACCACUUGGCCUUAUCAUGGUCUCAUAUGGCUACAUUGCCGCUGCGGUGUUGAGGAUCCGCUCGGUGGAGGGCAGGCGCAAGGCGUUCGGCACCUGCACCUCCCACUUGAUUGUGGUGUCGCUCUUCUAUGGCACAAUCAUUUUCAGUUAUCUCCAGCCGCCAUCUAACUACUCCCGUGACAUUGGCAAGAUGAUCUCCCUGUUCUAUACAUUUGUCACUACCAUGCUUAAUCCAUUGAUUUAUACACUGAGAAACAAAGAGGUACACAGAGCUCUAAAAAGAGUCCUCUGGAGGGACCAAGCCAAGCGUCCUGGAGAUCUCGCUAGACAGACACAAAUAUAG